UAGGAUUUUACAGCGACCUUUGGUUAUUUAAACGCUUAUUGUAUGUUUAAUAGGUACUUCAAUUCUGUUAGUGUUUAUUCAAUACUGGGUGUUCACUCAAGAAUGUUUUUACCUGUACAUGAGUAGGUUUAAGUUUGACUAACUGCUGGGUGACAUCCUAUCUUGUUUACUUUAGCUCCAGUUAAGAUUGUGCGCUCGCGCUGUGUUUAGUUAAUGUAAGAGGUGUCGCGAGCGCGCAAGGUGUGUUUAACUUGUCCGGGAAAACUUGAUCUGUACGUUUUAAAAUAUCCCAAACGGACAGCUGUAAAGUCGUUUUUGAUCAGUUUUAACGUUGUUUACCGGACAACCAUGUCUUAACGAAAGUUUCGAACCUGUACAUGGGAUUUUGCCUCAGAGACGAGAGUGCGCGGUUGAUGGAGUCCGGCGCGUGCGAUGAAGCGAGUCUCCGCGCGCUCUUUCGCGCGUGCGAUCUCGACAAUUCGGGUCUUAUUGAGAAAUGGGAGUUUGAACAGAUGUGUUCGGAGCUGCGCGUGCGUUCGGCGGAUAUCGACGACAUAUUUACUAAACUGGACACGAACCAGGACGGAGCGAUAAACAUGAACGAGUUCAUCCACGGGUUUCAGACGGCCACCAGACUGUCGAGUGAAGGAGGCACGAGCGAGCGGGUGAAGUGCGCGGAGCCUUUCACACAGGCCUGGGAGGAGUUCAGGACUCGCCUCGGGGAACUGAACAAGUUUAUCCCACGAAUCGAUCAGGUUUCGACUCUGUACCAGAACAUCAGUCUGACCGACACCAGGAUGAUCCCUCAGUAUGAGAAAGUCCUUCUAAACUUCAGCAGAGAGAUCAAACUCCAGAGUAAAGAGAUGGAGCGCCUGGCUCUGGCUGUCAAAAGGGCUCAGGACCAGGCUGCCAUUCAGCUGAGUGCUAUGGAGGAGGAGAUGGACCAGCGCAUUCACGCAACCGAGAAAAACACACGUAUGGAGGAGUUAAAGAAGGCAGAGGCAGCACUGAGCAUUAUGAAAGACCAGUAUGAAGCUCAGCUGAGCGAGUUACAGCAGACGGUCCUCACCCUGCAGAUGUUUGAAGACCAGAACAAGGGCACCGGCCUUAGAGAAGAAAACGUAGCACUGAAGCGAAAGAAUAAUGAGCUGACCCUGCAAAACCAGAAGCUGAAGCAGGAACUGCUGGAGUCUCUCACCAAUAUAGCUUUGCUGCAGAGUGAGCUGGACUCCCUCAAGAGUGAUAUUACUGACCAGAGCAUCAAUCUCGAGCGAGAUGAAGCCCUAAUGAGGUCUUUUUCUGAGGAUAGGGACAACCUGGAGAGGCAGGUUGAGAUUCUUCAGUUAGCUAACAGGAAGCUUCACGACACCAACGAUGGUCUACGUAUGACUCUGGAGAACAGCCAAAGCAAGAACAAGUAUCCGAGAGGAAGCGGACUGUCUCCUUCAAGUACCAUCAAUAGGACAAAGAACACGUGCUCCCCAUAUUUUGAAAGCAGGUGCUGCUACAGGGACGACGAUUACGAGCAGCUGCGGAUAGCCGAGUGCCUGCAAACUCCAAGCAGAGACUCUUUGGCUCUGGCUCUGUGUGAUCCCAUGUGCAAACACAGAAGUUGUGAGGUGGACAGCCUGGACGAGAGCUGUGUGGACAGUGGCAUGUCCACUCUGCGUUCCAACAACGGCUACGACUCGGAGCAGGAGGGCAUCGGUCACUCGCAUGACGCUCUCAUGGCUAACUUCAGCUGCUCAGGAGACACCUCAGAUACAGAGGUGCCGGAUGUACGAGACAAGACAGGAUAUGAAUCAGACAGCGAGUCUAUCAUGAACAUCCAUUCAAAUCCAGGCGACACAAAAGACGUCAGCGCUUCGGGGAAGAAAUGUCUUUCCGCCAUCUUCGACGAGAAACUGAAGGACAAGAUGGAGGUGAUGGCUCAGGGAUCUGAAAAAACCUACAACAUCGUAUUAGCAGGUGAUGCUGCCGUGGGCAAAUCCAGCUUUCUCUUACGCCUCUGUAAAAACGAGUUUAAAGGCUUCACCAGCACCACUCUGGGAGUUGAUUUCCAGAUGAAAACUCUUGUGGUAGAUGGAGUGCCGACGGUGCUGCAGCUUUGGGAUACAGCGGGCCAGGAGAGGUUCAAAAGCAUCGCAAAGUCCUACUUCAGACGGGCCGAUGGCGUUCUCCUGCUCUAUGAUGUAACCUGCGAGAAGAGUUUUCUAAAUGUGCGAGAAUGGGUGGACACCAUCGAGGAUGUGUCCCAGCAUAAAAUCCCCAUUAUGCUGGUCGGGAAUAAGACAGAUCUGCGCCAGCAGGCUCUUCACGAUGGCGUCACGUGUAUCUCAACCAGCUACGGAGAAAAACUGGCCAGGACUUACAGCUCCCUCUUCUGUGAGACGAGUGCAAAGGAUGGCUCUAACAUCAUCGAGGCAGUGCUCCAUUUAGCACGAGAGGUUAUCAAACAUGCACAUGAGCGCAAAGGCUCAACCCUGGGACAAAUCCUGUCCGGAAGCUCCAACACAAAGCUCACCAACUCGAAGUGCUGCAGGACCUGAUGCAUGUUCUUCUAUCAUAUCAUGUAUCAUCCUAAGCACAUAUAGAUUGUACACUUCUUCUACAUAUCUCUAUUGCAGCCUACCUCUGAUUGCACAGCACGAGCUUCAUGUUGUACACACAGGCAGCAAAAUAUGAGCUGCGUUCACAUUCACACGAUAUGCUAUUUUGCACAUAUAAAAGACACAAUUCUUCCACGACUUGUUAGUAAAAUCAGGUGUUACAUACACCAUACAUAAAUAAACCUUUGAUCACUCAGUGCCUUAUGACCUGACUAGAUUUGUAUAAUCAUAGCUAGUAUUAUAACCUUUAUUUAUGAUAAAGAGAGAAUAUCAGUUUAUUUUACUUUCCUUUUAAACCAGAAUCUGAAUUAUUUACCUGAGAGAUCAUUGUUUCUUAUUCAGACAAAUGUAGCCUGAAGGCCUUGUAUAUUACGCAUUUAUACGUAAAUGUAAGACGACUUUAUUUUAGCUAACAGAGUUUAGCAGACCUGAAGGGUUUAGAUUUCUGUUUUGUUAACGACUUUAUUCAUGCUUUACGAAAUACAACGGUUUCAUUAUUACAAUUUAUUGAGUUCAGACACCGAAGCACCUGACAGUCAUUACUUAUAUAUUUCCAUAUUUGACUUUAUAUUGUAUAAUAUUUGAUUCACUGAUAUGUUAGAUAAAUGUAGUUAUCAAACAAACUUAAAUGUAAUGACCAAUGAUGAAUUUUAUUUAAGCUGAUCAUCAAUUCAAACUAGCUACAAUCCACAAAUGACCAAAAACACAAAUUCACAGAAUUGUGAUAUAUUGGUAUGAGGGUAUAACGUUAAAUAAACAUUUUUCUUUAAGGUUCAGAGAACUUGUAAGAUUUUUAAAACCGAAUUCUUACUAAAAAUCAAUACACCAAAAAUCAAGGUAUUGCAUUUGUAUUAAGAUAUGUUUAUGAUGUUUGAUUAACAGUUUAACUUACCAAAGAAAAUCACUGCCAGUGCACAUUCAGUGCCAAACCUCAACUCUAUAAUAACUUUUAUACCAAGUACCGGCCAGCUUUGGAUUGUUAAACAUGUUUAUCAGUACAUUCCACAGAUUUUUCCCCUUCUUUUUUAUUUUUGCAAAGGAACUUUUUCAUAUAUAGCACAUUAGAAAUUCUUGUAUAUUCUAAAUAUGUACUUAAACUCUGCGUCUUACAAACCUUGGAAUUCCUAAAUUGUAUUGAAUUCUUUUUUUUUAAUUGCAUCAUUAAAUUAAAAUCCAAACUUUUCUUUUAAACAAACGUAUAU